UAGUUUCACUUUUGGCCGGAAAUGGUAUUUCGCAUGUCAUGUUGUAGUCAUGUGAUGAUUUUAAUUUUUUUCACGCAGUCAUAGAUAAUCCUUGUUUUGUGGGUACACUCACGUUAAUUGUUACUUUUUACUAAAUAUGCUGGUUCCUAUUGCCCUUUUGGGUUUGGUUGCUGUUUGUGGAACGCAGUUACCGCCUGGGUUUAAUGUCACUUGUGUCAAAAACACCUAUCCACCAUCUUCCAGUCGUAAAGUGGCAACUGAAGUUUUGAAUUUAGAUCUUCCCCCCGAGAAAAGAUGGAUGAAAAUUGCUGGUCAACACAAGGAUGGGAUAAAGAACCUGUUAAGAUUACUGAAAGAGUUUAUCAAAGACUGGGAUAAUUCCACAAAGAUCAUUGACUGGGUCGACAAGAAUGUGGGACAGCUAGACAAAACACUGCCUUAUCCCUUUGGUGGGGAGAUUAAAGGUAUUGCAGAUGCAACUGGACUGAACCUUGGGGAAGUGGUUCUAUUUAACCUUUUCUAUGAGUUCUUCACUGUAUGCACUUCCAUUGUGGCAGAAGACCCUAGUGGCAAGCUGUUUCAUGCAAGAAAUCUGGAUUUUGGACUCUUCAUGGGAUGGAAUAUUAAGAAUCACACGUGGAUCAUAACAGAGGCCCUUCGACCUCUCGUGAUAAAUGUGGACUAUCAGCGUGGUGGGAAGACUGUGUUUAAAGCUGUUCAUUUCGCAGGAUACGUCGGUGUUUUGACAGGAGUCAGACCUAAACUGUUCACUCUAAGUAUGAAUGAAAGAUUUAACAUUGAUGGAGGAUACAUAGGUAUUUUGGAGUGGAUACUUGGUGAGCGUGAUCAGAUGUGGAUGGGUUUCCUGACACGGAUUGUCAUGGAGAAUGCCACAAGUUAUACAGAUGCGGAGAAGAGACUGUCGAACACAAAGAUGCUGGCACCAGCCUACUUCAUUUUAGGAGGACUCAAAUCUGGAGAGGGUAGCGUGAUCACCCGAUCCCGGGAGGCGUCUCUGUAUUUCUGGCAGAUGAAAGAUGCUGGGGGCUGGUACAUCUUGGAGACCAACUAUGACCACUGGAAGAAUCCACUUAUUGUGGACGACCGACGUCGGCCAGCAAACAAGUGCAUGAAGGAGAUGACACAGAAGGGAGUUUCUUUUGGAGGUAUAUUUGACGUCUUGUCUACAAAACCUGUUUUAAAUAAGUUGACAACAUACGCUGCUUUAAUGCAAGUCGACUCUGGUACAUUGGAGACAUGGUUGCAGUAUUGUCCUGAUCCAUGCUAUCCCUUCUAGAGGUUUCCAUGGCAACAUGACUCAGUAAUACUGUGAUAACAGGUUACAACAUACUCAGGGGAAAAUCAUUUUAAGAAAAGAUAGUCGAGGUUACAACAAUACUCGGUUGGGGGGGGGGGGGGGGGAUCAGUAAAAAAAAAAAGAUAGUCAGUGAAGUGUUUUAGAGUAUAUUAAAAUAACUUUUUGGGAUAUGGUAAACUUAACAAAACUUACAUACAUGUAUUUAUUUGUUUAUUUAUUAAGAGUUUAAAUGCUGUUUCUUUAUGUGACUAGUUUUAACAUCUUACAAUGAAUGAUGUCCUGAAUCUAUACUACUUGGAUUGAUCAUAGAACAUGUGCAUGUUAAAGUUAAAAAUAAAUUAGAUUUACCCACUCACUUUUUUUGGGGGUGGUGGGUGGGUGGGGUUGCAGAUAAAAACAACAACAGAUUACUAAUGUAUUGGCUUUAUCCUGUUACGGAUUGUGUGUUAUUUCUGUUACAUUCAUCAGGGUAUGAACCAAAAAAAUCAUCCUUAAACUGAAUCGGCCGAUGUUUUUUUUCUUAAAACCAGACAUUCAUGGAACCAAAUAAAUUGUCCAGUUUUCAGGGGUAUACAACCCCACAAAAACUUUAACUGUACUUUGGCAUUUGUUUCUGCUAGCAUUCUAUUCAUAAUCCGCCUUUUAUAUAUGUCUGCUUUCUUAAGAAUAUAUCCAACAAAUGUCCCAAUAACGAUAAGAUAUUUUAAUGUUUGUUUAUAUAUUUUGAUUUUUUUUUAAUGAUAUUAAGUUUAUCUAUGAGUGGUAGUUCAAUAAGGUGAAUUGUUUCAGAACAUUCCAUGUUAAAAAUACAUCUAAUCGCUGAAAAUGUUUAAACAUGAAAUAUUUUGAGGGUGAUAUGUUCAUAAAGAACACUGAUCUUUGGUUUUUGGUGCAAAGUGUAUAAUGCUAUCAUAUACAUCUAAUGAAUGAACAUUUAACGACGCCCCAGAAUUAUGUUCUAUACAACUAAAGACCAGGCCUCCCAGCCACUUGUACAUAUUAAAAUAUAGGAAAUAUAGGAAUUUGCAUACCAAAAUAUAGGAGUUUUAUAGGAAUUUUGAGGUCAAAUAUAGGAGUUUUAUAGGAAAAUUUGGACCAGUUAUCAUGAUUAUAGGCAUUUUACACAGAUUUUUAAAGACAUUUACAUUACUAAUGGUAUGUUCUUACCUUGCAUAUGUAAACAAGAUACCAUCUACUACCUCAACAAACAGGGUUGAAAAUUAGUAGUCGCCCGGUUGCCCGUAGUGAUCUUUAUUGGCUAUGGGCGACUAUGAAUUUCACAAAGGUAGUCCGUUGGGCAACCAUUGAUUUUAUAGUCCGGCGAAUAUGGUACCAGGUGAAAAAUUAACACACUGAAACUGAAUGGAAUGUGACAAAACGCACCGCUAUUGUGGUGGCACGAACUACAGAUCUGGCAACAGACAACAUUAUAGAACAUGUUCUAUAUUUUGACAAUGGCAGACUUACCAGACUCCACCUCAGCUUCUGAGAUUUUGAUCUGAGGCUUUAAAAAAAUAUAGCUCAAAAUGUAUUGCAAACACAUCAUGUUUUUGUUUUUUGAAGUUGUCGGAUUAAUGGACUGGAUACGCCAUAAUUAUUUAGUAGACCUACUUUUUGACAUUCUUCAAUGUUAUGGUACAAAUUAAUCAUAUUUAAUUAUAUUAUUCUGAGACAAAAUCAAAUUUUAACAUGUACUUUUAACUCAGACUAACAAUGAAAUGUUCCAUUACUACAUGGAUUAUUUUAAAAGUCAGUUAACUGGCAUGUAGGCCUAAAGAUAAAAUUCAUAUAAAACAUAUUAAUUUAUUAAAUUGUAAACCCAUAUCAUCUGGGGUAAAACUUUCAGUGUAAAUAAAAACAAUAUAUAUUUAUAAAACAGCAUAGGAUAAAUCCAACGUAAUCUGAACAACAAAAACUGGAAUAUGAGAUCAGGGUCGUAUUUCUGCACAAUGCAGAGUCGAUUGGGUAUUUGGCAAAAUAGUGGAUGAUUCCAUGAAUCUUUAUCUAGUGCCUCGUCUUUAGGAGGACAGUCACUCCCGAGGAGAUCUUUUACUGGAGAGUUCUCCAUAUCGAACCACCUUUCACAGGUGCACAAAGAAGUCUGUCAUUACCAGACUAAUAUACUAAAACAGUUCUACCUUUAGUCUCUUUGUAUUGCAUUAUCGAUUACUUCAGAGACAAUACAAGUGAAGCUGCAUACCUUGGCUGUUCUAGUAUUUUGUUGUUUGUAUCCCUGUAUUAAAAAUAUUUAAUCUGUAUCAUUUAAUGGUAACUUUUAAAGUAACUUUUAUUAACACUACUAUUUUUUUCUCUCUUUAAAUGUGAUUUGAGUUAGUAUGGGUUUAAAACUUAAUAUGUUAGUAAUAUGAAUUUUAACUUUAUUCGUUAUGAAGUUACAUGCCAAUUCAUCGGUUUCCUUUCUACGCAAAUGGACUAUAUACAUGGUUAUUAUUAUACAUGGUUAUUAUUCAACAAAGAACAUUCUAAUUUUGAUUUUGGUUGUGCAGGUAAAUUGGAGGGCUAGUUGAAUUUAAGAAGGGCCAGUAAGAUUUUUCUUCAACUGGCCCUGCUGGUGACCAUGGUUUUCAUGUUAAUUUUCAACCCUGAACUCUUAUAUAUACUAAGGCUUGCCAGCAGUCCAUGCCAGUAUCCAGGAUAAUAUGAAAGUUGGUGCACAUUCAAAGCAUCUUCCGAAUUUCUGACAGGCUGGCUGCCUUUCACUGCGAAUAUAACUCAGUAACAUAUUUUAUUCAUCAGCAUUUUAGCAAAGCAAUUGAGUCAAAUAUAGGAAAUAUAGGAGUUUUAUAGGAUCCUAUAAAAAAAUAUAGGAAAUAUAGGUCUGGGAGGCCUGAAAGACACAUUUAAACUUUUAAAAUAUUUGACACUUUGAUGGCAAUAGAUGUACCAGUACAUUCACAAAAAAAACUAGUCUUUGGUUUUUGGUGCAGAGUGUAUACUACUGUGGGGUUCUUUUAUUUGAGAGUCCAUGACAUAAUUAUGUAUAAUAUUAUUGUAUUUGACAUUCUGUUUGAUGUAUAAAAAUGAAGUAAUAAAUUACUUCUGCGUUAACCUUGUUUUAUAAUAAAAUCUAUGUAUAUUUGAUGGCAAUGAUACAAAUAUGUGAUGCUUUGGUGUGUGUGUGUGUGUAUAUAUAUAUUUACAAAAAUAAAAUGAUAAUAAUGAAAUAAAUAUUUAUUAAUUGUUUAA